AUUUAUGAGGUUAAAAAUGAAAAAGUGCCCUGGCUCUUUCUUCCUUUCUUCUCUACUCUUUUAGUUUUUUCAUUCCUCUUGUUUACUUGUUUAUCCUUCGUCUUCAAUGGAAGAUCAAUGAUUUCCACUGGGAAACUUCAACCUAAUCUUUAACAAUAUUUCCCCAAAGGGGACAAAGGUUAACGUUUUCCUGCGUGAUUUGAGGGAAAUUGGCGCAAGAAAUUAAUACAAAUGGAGUUACUUUUUGUAAUUUAGUGGAUGAGCCUUGGGUAAUUUCUCGUGCUUUAUUAGUCCAAGAUCCUACUCUUCCUCUACCAAGACAACGACUUGGCUCCACUUGCUUUCUGGGUUUUUUUUUUUUUUCCAGCUUCUUCAUGAUAUUGUGCCGCGGUGAACAUUAGCAAAGAGGUUUAUGCAUCAGUUAUAUGAAUAGGAAUGUUGGAUUCUUCUAUAACUAGUUCUAGAUAUACUUACACCCGUGAUCACAAAUGGCCAUCCAAAGCUGUUGACAAACACCAAAUUGCCAUUCGAAAAUGUGGCGCAAAGGGUUUUUUUGUAUAUAUCACUGCUCUGCUUAUUUUAGCUAGUGCCUUCUAUUUUUACUUGGUUAAGGAAUAUUCAAUUACCAUUGUUUACUGGAGCUUUCUUUUAGAUGCAUUCCUUGUCAAGUGGUUGCUUCGAAAGCCUGUUGAGAAAGAGGUAGUCGUGGUUAUGCCAGCUUUUGGAGUUCAACUUGAAACUCACUAUGCUAGUGGAAAAGUAUCCCGCGAGUUUGUUCCUGUGGACAAGAUUUUGAAGCCUGUGUUACUAGAAUGUGUGACACCAGUUACUUGUUAUUGGAGUCUGUCUUUGAUUGUACGUGGAGAAGAAGAACUGGAGUCAGUUUUUAAGGAAUUACGUCCCCCAGCAAAAAUGUUGGUACCCAUCUGGAAGGCCUUGUGCGCGGCUACUGGUAAUAAAGAAAGCUUGGAUGAAUCUAGAGAUGAUGGUUAAUGGAGAUCAUAAUUUUAGACCAAAAAGCAAAAACUGUUGUCCCAUUAGGCCUUUUGUGUGGCUAUUUUUUUUUUUUUUCAUUUUUUUUAAAAAAAAAGAACUAUAGCUUUUAUGUUACUCUUGGUUUUAGAAAGAAAGAAAGAAGUUAUAAUUUAUGGAUUUAAUUUUAAAAGUACUUAAAUUUUAAAGAGAAAAAUUGGACGGGCAGGUGCCCUCUAAGUCUA